GCUCUGUCAUGUGAUUUGCUUGCUUACUUGAAACUGGCUGCCCUCCUUUUUAAGCUUUCAUUUCCCCAUUUUCACACACCUCCAUUAAAUCCCUUGUGUUUCUUCUUCCUAACCCGGUUUUACCGUGAAGGCAGAGAAAGUGAAAGCAGCAGGAGUGAAGGACAUUAAAGAGCGGAAGGAGAGCAGCCAGGGUAAUUUUCACCUGACACGCAGGUGGAUGUCAUAUUUAACGACAAAGGAUGGACAAGUCUUCUGAAAACCCAGACAAGGAGGACGGGGUGUCCCUCAAGAGUAACGGCGGAACAAAGGAGAAGGGCAUGCUUCAGUCGUUCCGGAGGAGCAUCCGGCGGGCGGCCGAGAAGAGCCCGCUGUCGUCCGGGGGCAAGUGGGCAAAGGUCACCACCGGCAACGAGUCGGGGUCACAGCCGCCUCCGUCUCCCAGUCUGAGUGCUGGCUCUCCGGUCACGUCUCCGCUGAAGAACAUCGGGGGCCUUUUCUACAAAAAAGAAGAAGACGACAGCGACGGCGCUGCACAGAAAGGCAAAGGUCUGACACACUCAAAGACAGAUCCAAACAUGGCCGGGUUUGGGGACUCUCUCAUGAAAAAAGGAGCGUCAUUUCGCAAAAGCCUUAAAUUCAAGAAAUCCAGCAGACCAGAGGCGGCCGUCCUUGUCUCUGAAGGCUCGCUGGAGGAGAGGAAGGAGGAGCAAGAAGAGGAGGAGGUGUUGGAGGAGUUAGAAGAGUUGUACACGCUGCCAGAAAUACCCCACACACCACUGUCAGUGAUGCAGAUCAACAAGCUGAUAGAGACUGAGGUGCUGGAGGAGGCUCACCUGAACCUGCUCGCCAUGCGCCAGGAGUUCCAGCAGGAACGGGAACAAUGUGGCGAGGACUCCCCUUUGGAGCUGGCCAAGAAGGAAAAAGACCUCAACCUCCUUUACGGAAACCUGAGGAGCAAAAUAAACAACAUUGUGCGCGACUCCAAUUCCCUUCCCUCCAGGAACAAGGAGCUGCUGGUACCCGUGGCACGCAUCAUCCAAGAGGAGGACAGGCGAGCAGCGGAACCCGGCGGGCUGCAGGGCGGCUGGCUGGAGGCCUGGAGGGAGGCGGUGGGGGAGGGGGUGCAGUUGAAGGUGCAAGGCGUUCACCUGGAGCCCAGGGAGCAGGACGCCUCAUGGCUGGCAGUCCAUUUGGCCCGGCUGGGUAAGAGCAUCGUGGAGGAUUUGGAGAAGGUGAAGCGGGAGCUGCGAUGGUCCUACCCACCCAGCUUUCAAGUCUUCAGCACCUACGUGAGGAGUUAUCACCGAGUGGUAGGGCAGCACCUGAAGAAGCUGGAGCCGCAGGUGACGGAGCUGAAGGACCUGUACGCUCUGCUGGACUGGAUCAUCAACAGCUACAAGAGCGAGAGAAUCAUGGGAAGUCCCUCCCUGCAGCCCGACAUGAAGGAUGAGAGCACAGAUCUGCAGCUGCAGGACGGCCUGCUGAAGCAGCUGAAAGACAAGUACUGCUGCAAAGUGAAGGAGGACAUGAAGUCUUCCCUGGACAGAGUCAUUGAGCUUGAAAAUGAGGACUUUUGGAGGGACAGAAGGUCCCCCAAGAAGGACGAGGACUUCCUCAACUCUCCGUUUCACAUGGACAUCUGGACGAAUGUGGAGGGCAAUGCUAAGAACUCUCGACGGAUUGAUGCUCAGCUGAAACAGGAAGUGAUCUCCUCCUGCCUCCAAGUGUUGAAAGAGUUCCCCAAGAGAUUGGAGGCGGAGUUCAGCCGUCACUGCAGCGCUCUCAGACCGCAGCCUCUUUGGACCAAGUACCACAUCACAUACAUCAACAGCUUCUCUGCUUUACAGCAGCACAUGGACGGGUACCAGGACAUCUGUCCCAGAGAGGUGGAAGGCUUUAGGAAAGAGGCCAAGUGGCUGAUUAUCAGGCUCAUGCAGGUGCUGGAGGACCAAUACAAAGAAGACGUCAAGCCGUACCUGAGGAGAAUGAUGACGAGGAAGUGGCUCACCGAUGACGAAGACUUUAAGCAGCUUUACCGCCGGACGGAGCUGCUUUCUGAACACUGCGCUCUGAUGAGGCCUCCACAUGUCCAGGAGCUGGCGAGCCGACUGCACUACCACGUGGCGAGGGAGUACGUCGGCCAGCUGAUGAAGAAUAACUACUCGUGCAAGAACCGGAAACACGAGAAGGCGGCGAGCAAGAUCCGUGUGCAGUGGGGAAGACUCAGAAAUCUAUUUGAGGACAUGAAGUCGACUCACGAGUGGCUCUAUGCUGUAGGAGACGACCUAAGCAACAUCAUCAUACAGAAAAACAAGACAGACAUAAAGACUCAUCUGCAGCCUUUAGUGGAGCAUUACCCCGACUUCAGCAGGAAGCACCUGGUUGCUGUCCUGUACUUCAGAGGUCUACUGAGGGGCCGCGAACACCAGCUCAUUCUCCAGCGGCUCACCGAGCUCAAAAACAAACUGGGCAGCGUCGGCGUGGACAAGAACCGAGUUUUAUUCGGGGACAUGCAGGUCACCGUCAACACAGACUGCUUCUCCAAUCUGCCUUUCUCCUGCCUCAACUUCCUGCGGCCCGACAACUAAUGCAGCGUGGAGGACGAGUGGCUGAGUGGAGGGAAACUAAAAGCUCCAGAGACGAAAAAGUUACCGUUUUUCAAAAACACAGCCAUCUAAACUCAAACAAACUGCAUAUAUAUAUAUUUUCUCGGGCGAAUACUUCACAGUCCACCCAUCACUACAUUGUUGACAGUAGAUUCAUAUAUAAUUCGACCUUGUACACAAUUCACAGACUUGUAUAUGAUUAUAAAGGAUGAUAUCUUUCAAAUGUAUAACUUAUUCUGGACACACAUAGCUGGUCGUCUCUGUGACAUCAUCUCUCUCUCUCUCUCUCUCUCUCUUUCGCUCGCUGUCUGAAAGCUGCUCACAUUAUUCGCCUUAAUGUUAGAAACACUUUAAAACCAGAAAACACAAGACGUUAGACAUUUUGUGUCGCUCCAUUAUCUGAUAUUAUGUCAAAUAGACCAGCGGGCGUUUCCAACGUGUGACAUCUGUUUGCAACGUUGUGUGUUCACAGUGUGAACGCUAACCCAACCAAAUGAAAAAUGUAACAAUGUUGUAAUGCAACUUCAACCUUGAAUUGUACUGAGACUACCUAACUUAUAUAGAGAGGCACAGUCCCUUUCCUUCCACUACUCCACCAUGGGACCUUAUUUUGGAAAAAAUAUGUACGUAAACAGUGAGGGACAAAUCAUUUUCAGAUUAUUUUUGGAGCAUUUUUUCCCCUUUAUUAAAUAGUGACAGUGGAUAGACUGGAAAUGUGAAAGAGAGAUUUUGAUUCUUAGAUGCAUCGCGAUUCUCUGUAGAAAGAUUUGAUGCUCGAUUCUGAUAAGUUAAUAAUUAUUUUAAAAAAAAAAUAGUUGUUGAUUUUUAUUUAAAAAUUAACGUCUCCAGACAUGUACAAAUCAAAAACAUAGUGACUGAAAGAGGAUGGGAUAAUGGACAACAAAGAGUUUAGGCAGGAGUGCAGAAAAAACACACUCAAAUGGCCAAAAAGAAAAAAAAAAAUUUUCA